AUGGGUCCAAUGACUAGAAUGAUGAAUUCUCUGGUUUUAGAUCCGUUUUCGCCAUUUGCAUUUACUAAAAUUACCACAACACACAGGCCUACAAAAGCACCCAACAGUAAUAGAAGAAGUGGACAUAAAAACAAUUCGAAACCUUCGCCCGUCAAACCCGAGCAUAAUAAUAACACGACUAAUGUUAAUAAUAAUAAAUAUCCGUAUCAAAGCAGAAAAGAUGAUUCGGAUGCAGGUAAAAAAUCCGUGACGAACGAUCGAUGGAUUCAAUCGUUAAGAAGACGAGAUCCGGAAAUACAACCAACUCUUCCAGCGAUCGGCGUGAGGGGACGACUCUCUCAACCCAAUAUCGUAUCGUCGAGGAAAUCCCGGUCCGUUGAAAGGACGUCGAAAACUCCUAAAAAUCGACUCAUGAUGCAAAAUCAAAACAACACGAUGGGAAGAACGGGAAACGUUAAAAAAAUAAUACAAGAUUUCAAUACGAUGAACUCACCGGAAGAUGGACCCGCGGAAGACGAAAAAGUUUUCAACGGAAACGGUUUCGAAAGUCACCUCGUUGAAAUAUUAGAAAAAGACAUCAUUCUGCGAAAGCCAAACGUUAAGUGGAAUAGAGUUGCGGGAUUGUCGGAGGCAAAAGCACUUUUGCAAGAAGCCAUGGUUCUUCCCGUUCUCAUGCCAGAUUUUUUCAAAGGGAUCAGAAGACCGUGGAAAGGUGUGCUCAUGGUGGGUCCUCCCGGAACCGGAAAAACGAUGCUUGCCAAAGCCGUGGCAACGGAAUGCGGCACGACAUUUUUCAACGUUUCUUCAUCCACGAUCACGUCUAAAUACCGAGGAGAAUCGGAAAAAUUAGUGAGAUUAUUAUUCGAAAUGGCACGAUUUUAUUCUCCGAGUACUAUAUUCAUUGACGAAUUAGAUGCUCUUUGUUCUCAAAGAGGUACCGAUUCCGAACACGAAGCUUCUAGAAGAUUCAAAGCAGAGUUAUUGAUUCAAAUGGAUGGUCUCACUUCUAAUAUAUCAUCAGAUGAUAAGGUUAUCAUGGUUUUAGGUGCCACCAAUCAUCCGUGGGAUAUAGACGAUGCAUUCAGGAGAAGAUUUGAAAAAAGAGUUUACAUUCCCAUGCCGGACGAUGAAACACGUUCGGAACUUAUAAAACUUUGCCUACAGGGUGUAAUAGUAGAUCCCGAACUGGAAACAAACGUUAUCGCAGACAAAUUAAAAGGAUACACGGGUUCGGACAUAACAAAUUUAUGCAGGGAUGCGGCUUUAAUGUCGAUGAGAAGGAAAAUAACGGGAAGAAGUCCAGAAGAAAUAAAACAAAUAAAAAAAGAAGAUGUGGAUUUACCCGUUACAAUGGAUGAUUUUAUCGAUGCAUUAGCCAAGUGUAAACCCAGCGUUUCUCCUUCGGACGUACAUAAAUAUAAAUCGUGGAUGAAAGAAUUCGGAUCCUGUUAA